AUGGAGGCAAUGAAGAUGAUGGUUGUUUUCAUGAUCGUUGCCGUGGCUUUCUCAGCCGUAGGACAAGCGGCAGCUGCCACCGUGGAAGCUCCGGCUCCAAGCCCAACUUCUGAUGCUGCUAUGUUCGUACCGGCAUUGUUUGCAUCCGUCGUUGCUUUGGCUUCUGGUCUUCUGUUUUAA